AUGUAAAAUUCAGAUAAUUCAGAUGAAUGUUAUAGUGAUGAUUAAUAAGAAUCACCUAGGUUUCUAUAUAAUUUUAAAGACAUAAAUUUAUAGAACAAAACUUUAUUGGCUGAAAUUAGAAUCAUAUGCAAAAACUUAAUCUAUGUGAUUGGUUUAGCUCCUUCAAUAGCAAAAGAGGAAGUAUCAAAUAUUUAAUUAAGUUAAAAGUAAUUAAAAAGACCAGAAUAUUUUGGUCAGUAUGGUUAAAUCCAAAAAUUAAUUGUUAUUUAGAGUAAUACUUUUAAUCCACCUUCACAUGCUGCUUAUAUUACUUAUAGAAAUGAGUAGGAAGCAUCUCUAGCUAUUUUAGUAAACAUUAUAUUUAAAAUUUAUGGCGUGUGAAAGAUUUCCACUUCAUGAUAGAUAUGUGAAAGCAUCUUUUGGUACAACCAAAUAUUGCACCAAUUUCCUUAAAGGAUAGUAAUGUAAAAUUAAAGACUGUGUUUAUUUGCACCAACAUCCAAAGGAUAAGGAAUCUACACAAGUCAUUAAAAAAGUAUUAUGCCUCUAUUCUAUGCCAGGAAGAGAUGAAUAAUUCUAAAUGGCUCUUUUCUUACUCCCAAAAAAUAGCAUAAGAAAAUUUCCAAAAAUUCUAUACCAAAAUUAACUACAAAAAUGCUCUAUAAAAAUCUAUCUUCCUAAAUACUUAAAAUAUUCUUGAUAGAAUGAUUGAAGAUAACAUUGUAGAUCGUAUUCCUGAGUAGCCAUAACCUCAAUUAUAACAAUAGAUCCAAGAAGAAACAUAACCAAUCGAAAUUUCUAUAUAAUAAUAAAAACCAAUAGAUAUUGAAAAACGAUUGGAAGCAAUUAUAUAAAAAAGUAUCAUUAUUUUAUUAUUAAAGUGGAUGGAGAUAGUAAUUCGAGAUUUAAAUUUACAAAUGGAAACUGUCCAUAAGAUUAUGAAGCAAUUCAAUAAUUGAAGUUAUCACUUCAAAAAUGAUUAUGG